AUGGCAUCUAUCACCGAGGAUGAACGGAAGCGUAUCCUUCGGGAACGUAGACAAGCCAAAAUGGCUAAAGGGAAAGCUUCAGAUAGAUUGAAUACCAUCCUUAAUCAAGGAUCUUCAGUUAAUGCUAAUACUGCUGUCUCUGUGUUGGACGUUCCAGAACAAGCUACUUCAACUAUUAAAGAAACAAAGCCAACUUCUAUUGAUGAUAAUACUGUCCAUGAAGACCCGGAAAUUCAAGAUAUUGAUACAGUUAUUCAAAAAAUUGCAAGAACAGAUUCUCUCAAUGAGAACCCUGCUCAACCUCCAGACAUGGAUGCCUUGUUUAAUCAAAUAUUUGGAGGUGCCAGUGGUGCUGGAUUCCCAUCAGAUAGUACAGCUCCUGGAGCUGAUGGAAAUGAUAAUGCCGACCCUUUCACACAAAUGAUGAUGCAAAUGAUGGGUGGGAAAGGUGGCGACAUUAACAAUCCAUUUGCUGGUUCUUCUCUUCCACAGGGUAUGCCUGAAAUAUCGACUUACGAUUCAGAAAUGGCCAAGUAUACAGAAUAUCAGCAUCAGCUUUAUGAAUGGAGAUUCUUGAUAGUACGGUAUGGACUUAUGAUGUUCAAUUUUAUAUACCAUUUCAUCAAUGAGCCAUUCUUCAGAUCAAGUAGUCUGAUCUCAGUGAGAAGCAAUACGUUCCAUACCUCUUCUUUUAUGACUUGGUUUGUUAGUUGCGAAGUUGCCAUUCUUUCCGCAUACUAUGUUCUUUGUUUCAAUCGUUUUAAUCACCAUGUUAGUGGGAACAGUUGGGUUAUCAAGUUACUCGACAUGGGUCUGAUGGUAUUACCUCAACUAGCUCGGUAUAAGCAGUUAGUUAUUACUUUAUUUGGCUAUUACGACUUGUUGAGUAUUAUAUUGAAUGACGUUUCAUUCAUGGUGAUAUUAUUUGGUCUUACCAGUUAUAUUACUUGA